GUGCAGAGGGGGCGGGGGAAGAGGGGAAAGGGGGCGGAGAAGCAGGGCCCGGCCUUCGCCAGCGGACCCCCUCGGGACUGGGGACCCCCUCGGGACUUCCGAGGGUGGGUCGGGGAGGGGACCCUGCGAAGGCGGGAGCGGUGGAGAAAGACGGAGAGGGGCAUGGGGAGGGCCGGGGAAAGGGGCGUCGCUGCUCGCUUUACGCUUCAAGAGCCCGCCGCCCAGGCGGCGGGGCUGAGUGGUGGAGAUGGGGUUUUGCAGCAGCCUCUGCACUCCUCUUCGCAGCCCCAGCACCACCGCCCCUCGCCGGGCCGCGGCGCCGGUUAGGCCACGCAGAGUGAGAGCGGGCGCCGGCCGGCUGCUCCUCACCCAAGACUGGAGGGCAGGGUGCGGUGGGUCCGCGGCAGGGGGACUCCGCGAGUCGGGCGACCCGCGGUGUCCCGAGCACACCAGCUCCGGCUGCCACCCGGCCGCGGCCGGAACGGAGCUCCCUGCGCGCCCCCCGGGGGCCGGCAAGACCGGGAGGCGGCGCGGCGCGGCGCUCGGCCCGUCGGCCCCGCAGCUCCACGCACCCAGCGGCGGCGGGGGCCCGGGCUCGGGUGCCCGGGCAGCCUCUGAGCCCAUGGCGGGCAGCGAUGCGGACGGCGAGGGUCGCGCGCGAAGGAGCAGCGCGCCCCGGCGUCCUGGGGAGCCCUGUGGGCCGGGAGGCGAGACUGCGGCCAGCGGCCCAGAGCCGCUGUCCACUGCUGAAGCGCCGGCCGACGGCGCUGAGCUGCCCGCCUGGAUGCGCCUCUACUUCUACGGGAUGCACGGGAUCACCCUGGACGUGCUCGUGUCCUCGGCUCGGCGCUUCGCUAGCAGCCCGGACCUCCGGAUGCUGGGCUUCUCCUCGCCCUAUCGCUGCCUGCUACACUCGCUCACCCACUUCGCCCUGGAGAAGGUCUACCUGCAGCAGCGGCGCUGCCCCAGCGCCUUCGUCUUCAAUUUUCUCCUCUACCCCUCAGCGCACGUGGCACUGCAGACCCUGGCCGGCCAGGCGCUGCUGCUGGGCCUGCGCAGCGGGCCGGGGGGCGCGGCAGUGCCGGGGACACUGGACCUAGUGCUGCAGUACGUGCUCGCUCUCUACCACUGCCAUGUGUUUCUGAACCGCUUCCUGCGCUUGCGGUACCAGCGGCCGCCAGAGCAGCAGCAGCAGCAGCAGCAGCAGCAGCAGCAGCAGCGUGGGCCGGGCGCGCCCCCCGCCCCUCGGGGCGCUGGGACCCCUGUGGUUGCAGGUGGCCCCCGCCACCUACCCCGAGGCGGCAGGGGCGUCGGGGGAGCCCCCAGUCACGGGCUGCCGGGCCUGCUCCGCUUUCUUUUCUUCGGAAUGCACGGCUUUUUGGAUGAGAUCUUCUUCACUUUCUUCUUUAAUUUACUGGGGCAGGGAGAUGGGGUAACCAGCGGCCACACGUCGCUCUGGUCCUUCUUCAUGUACGGCAGCUGCAGUUUCGUGGUGGAAAAGCUCUACUUCCAUCUCCACUGGAGUCGUGGCUGGAGCACUUGGAAGCGGAUACCCAUCUACGUGAUCUUCAUCUACGUUUGGGAGUUGUCCUGGGGUCUGGGACUCCGCAUGUGCGGCGCUUGUUCCUGGGACUAUUCUCACUAUCCGCUCAAUUUCAUGGGCCUCAUCACCCUGAUGUAUUUACCUGGUUGGAUAUUCCUUAGUGUGUACCAGGACCUACUUUUCAACGUGUUAUGGCGGGUGCAGUACAUACCAACUAACUAACUAACUAAAAAACAAAACAAAACAAAAAAAAGCCACUCGAUUCCCACGAACCAAUUCGAUUUAUUUUUACAUGUUAAAACGGAGUGGGUUUUUUAGCCUUUUAAUUUUUAUACAUUUUACUAAACUCUUUCAAUAUGUUCUAUUCGACAUUUUAGUUUUUCUGACACUUUGGGACCUAUGCAUAAUACAAUAUUUUGAAAUAUUACUCAAAACAUAACUCAAAGUACUUGUCAAUAUUUUAAGACCCCUUACGAGCCCAGAUAGCAAAACCAUUAUACCUUAACAUCAGGAGCUGUAGUAUAUUCACUUAUUUGGGCAUAGGUGGGUGAUAACUACUAAUCUUUUUUUAAGCAAAGAAGUUAUUCAAAUCAGAAAUUACUGAUCAUUGCGAGAUUUGGCGAAAUUUUCUAAUUUAACGAUUUGUUUACUUUUUAAUACAAUUUCAUUUUAAUUCCCUGCCAUAUUUACUAAUCACUGCUGAAACUCGGUGUCUUGCACUGAUAAAAGGACCAUUAACAACUCUUAAAGUGCCUCCCUCUAGCACACAAGUGGAAAGAAACUGACAAAUGUGAAAAUACAUCCUGUGGAUCGAUUUUUAAACAAGAAAUCUUUUCUAGCAACCCAGACAGGCAACACUGUGUUAAGAAACUUGAUCUCCAUCCUGGAAAUGAUUGUUUUUCCAAUGUGGAUUAGCCUUAAACUAAUGCCAAGUGUGUUAACAUUGAUCAGAUCCUGUGUUAUCUAUAGCUGUAAAUUUUGUUCUAAAAUGUUUACCUUAUAUGCCCAAAGGCGAAGCAAAAUUAUACCACCCUCAAUAGUAUUCUAACUCUAAGGACUCUUUCUACAUGAAGUUUCAAGGAUAGAAGCAGUUCUGUAGAAUAAAAUGAACCUGAAUCUUCAUUAUACUCGAAUUAGGCCUAAUGUUUACCGUUAUGUGUUUUCAGUGUAUUUCUGUCAUGGCUCACUUGUAAACAUCUUUCUUUUUCCCUCUGGACCCACAGAGUUCUUGGGCCAAACCUGAUGUGCUAAUGUGCAUUAUAAAUCAAUGAUAGCAUUUUGGUGACUCAUUAUUAAUGUCUGGAAGCUCCAAAGUUAAAUGAGAUGAUAAAAAACAUUUUAAGAAAUCUUGUCUAAUGAAUUAAUAAUGUCCUUUAAGGUUGUUUGUUGUUUUAUUAUAUUUAGAAAAGGCAAGUAGAGUUGAGUAUAGCUCAGCCAAGGAUGACUAAUACUUUCUCAGUUUUCAUUACAAAGAUAAUUAGGAAAAUUUAGAGGGUGUACAAAUGAAUAGUUUCCACUUCAAAUUAUUAGCUUGUCUAUGCUAUGAAAGGGGACUUCUUUCUGUUUUCAAAAAAUGCUUGCUGUGGCAGUAGAAACGAAUAUGUCCUUAGGCGAUUGUCAGGAAUAAUUUCGAGAAGGCUAUUUUAAGCCACUGUCUGAGGUUGUGAGCUAAAUUGUUAGUAAUGCAAUAUAAUCAACCCUACUUCUGAGAUGGAUCAUGUUAAACUGAUUAUUAGCUGAGUAGCAACUAAUAAAAGUAAGCCAAAGGUUUGUGGAAAGUAAAAGUGUCACUUUCUGACACUUGGCUAUAGGUGAAGGAUUUCUGAAAACCCUGGUAAGGGAAAAGGAUAAGUAUAGACACUAAAGUUAGUCAGAUGCUACAUAAAAUAUUUGUAAUACAAAUGUGACACGUGCGUAGGAAUCUGAGUUAAGUGUGGUACCAUUCCACACCACAUAUUCCUGUGAAUUAACCAAAUCCUUGACUUCUAGAAUACUUGCUAAAAUACACGUUUGCACUUCCGUCGUCCUUCCCGUGCCGCUCCUCCGCCCUGCUCACCGGCAUUCUUAGGGUCAGAAAUCUGUCAGAAGUAGGGAAGCCUCUUACUUUUUGUUUGUUUUGCUUUUAAUGUUAAUCCUAUUUUAAAGAAAAGGUUGCAGUUUCCAUUCAUUCAAGAAACCGUUAUUGUGUACCUACUCUUUGCAAGGCAUUUGCCUGAAUUCUGCAGAUACAGCAAUGACCCAAUACAGACAAAAUCUCUGUCCUUGUGAAGCUCAGGUAUUAGUGCUCUGAUUUAUAGCAGGUUAUACCUACUUGGAAGGGUACCGUUUCAGCACUAGGCAAAGAGAGGCAGUUGCCAGGAGGGUUCUCAUCAGGGCUGUCGCUGGAAUAUCAAUCUAUCAUCUCUAAAACAAAAGCCCAUUAACAGCCCCUCUGCUAGUUCUACAAAGACUUCAUUCAUAUGUAGUCAGGAAGUGAUUAUGCUGUCUAUUAACUCAGCACCUUGCUGUAGGGCUUCUCAUUCUGUUUAUUCAAUUUCUUAAAUGACAUUUUGCUAUAACUGAAACUUUAAAGAAAAAAAGGGCAAGAACCAUUAGAUCAAUUUUGUUAACUCACCAGCAGUUCAGAUAUAGAAGUGCUGAGUCAAUAUAAUAAUAUUUAAGUAACACCACCUGC